AUGACCCUCUCCCCGCCGCCGCCAGUCCCUCCUAUCUUUCCCUGGCUCCCUCCUCUCCUCUCCACUCCGUUCCCUCUCCUCUCCCCACCGCCGCCAACCCCUCUUCUCCUAUCCAGCCUCCCUCUCCUCUCUCCGCCGCCGCCGCCGCCUCCCCCCUCUUUUUUCUUCCGCCUCACCCCCUCUCCUUCUUACUCCCUCCCGGCCUCGUCUUUGAGGAAGCGUCCUUGGCCGGAAGAUGAGGACGACAGGAAUGAUGAGGCAGAGGACGACGAUGAGGACGAGGGACCACAACCGGACAAGCCGGAGCAUCAAGGGCGGGAUGUUCGAAGACAGUCCUCAUGGCGCCUGUCUUCCCCAGAUAGGUACUUUUCUCUUCUUGCAGGCAUCAUAGAAGUGGCUCAGUGUAUUGCACACUGGGCAACCGAGAAUGUCUCUGUUGGGCGACGCAUAACCACAGUCACGAAGCUCUUGGUUAAGCAUGGUGUUGGAUAUUUCGGGGUCGAUGAUGCAUGA